ACCUUGCGCUGGUCAACAUGUCACUGGCCGCCAUCAUCGAGACUCCUGAGAACCCCAUGUCCCCGUUCAUCCUCACGGAUAGAAGCUGCCAAGUAUUAGUCAAAGCAGCAAUGACAACACACAUUCUCCUGAGUGCGGCCGUUUCUGCCUUCAUUGCUGCUCGCAUCAUGGCAUUAUGGUCACGGAACUGGUAUCUUGGUGCGGUCCUAUUCCUUGCAGGCCUAGUGAAUUGGUCACCCUUCGUGGAGUAUGAGCUAGUUGGAUUUCUUGUCACAUCCGCGCCAUGGCCGCUACAUCCGUGUAUAGCAAAGACAAUGCAGCCGGUGUCAGUUGAAUUAGUAUCGGUAUACAUCCCAGCCGCCCUCUCUGCAGUAAACCUGGCAUAUGAGACAACAUGUCUUGUGCUUACCAUCAUCAAGACUAUCGGCCUGCACCGAACUUUGUCGGGGCUGGGGCAAAAAACAUACUUGACACAUUUACUACUUCGCGACGGUUCCUUAUAUUUCGGGGUCAUGACCAUCCUCGGUGUUCUCAACAUCUUGAAUGCGACGGUCGACGAUUUUGAUAUUGGCUCAGCCCUCAGCGAAGCGUUUAGCAGGAGCCUCGUCCCGAUGCUCACAUGUCGCUUUAUCGCCAACCUCCGCGACGUCAGCAGCCUGCAGGAGCCGACGUCCGCAGGCGAGCACAAUCCGGCAUCGACUGUGCAGUUCAAUCCGGCAUCAACGCGGCUGUUUGAUUCCGUUGCGGGGCCCCUAGGCUUGGUAGAAAACGAAUCUAUGGACGACGGUAGCGGUGAAUGGCCCGAAGUACCAUCCGAGCCACAGAGGCAAUCUUGAAACAUGUUGAGCAUCGAACCCACCACCCUAGUACCAGGGAAAGUCUCGGUGCAUAUCUUGAGGACGCGCUUUACGAGACUGUGCUCUGGAUUGGGCAUCCGUAUCGGUUUUUUUGUCACGCGGCAGCGCCCGAGCAGCGCCGUCUCUUCGCUGAAAUCAACUUCUCUUUGAC